AAUGCGACCAAAAAAUUAGCACAUGAUUUAUUUCAUAAUCAUAAACUGGCUAGCAAUAAAGAGAUAAAAGAGCAACUUAAAAAAAUACUAGAAAAUAAUGAUGAAUAUAAGAAAAAUCUACAAAAAUUAAAUGAAAAAAGUGUUUCGUUUAACAAGUUUUGGAGUGAUAAGCUUUAUUCAGAAGAUACUGUUUUGCAAAAAGGUCCUGCAAGUUCUUCUGCAAGUUCACCCACAAUAUCAGAAGCAGCGAUUCAAGAAAACUAUGAUGAAUUAUCUAGUGGUGACAAUAAUGAAAAUGAUUAUA